AUGAGUCAGAAGUUGUCGCCAAUUGAUAUUAAUGAAAUUUUUGAAAUUGACGUGACAAAGAAAGAAAUAAUUGAAAAGGAAAAGACUCAAAAAGGACCUAAAAAAAUGAAUGAAGAAAAUUUAAAGAUUUUACAAAAGUUCGAUAGUUAUGACACUGAGCAUAGUAAAGAAUUAGAUGUAUUUCAAUUAAAGAAAUAUAUAGAAAAGGAGUUUAAUAUUUCAUUAAAUGAAGAAACAAUUAAAUAUCAUUGUGGUCAAACAUUCUUAGAAAAAGCAUACAAAGUACAAAGAAAUGAAUUUAUUGCAUUUCAUAAAUAUAUAAUAUCAAAUAUUAAUGAAAUAUCAAAAGAAAAAACAAAUAGUAUUUUUGAUGAAUUUGAAAAUCAAUUUAGAGAUAAAGGAGGAGCAGAUUUUAAAUGUAAAUAUCUUGAUAGAAAUGCUUUUGUUAUUUCAAAUAAUGAAAAACCUCAUUUAUUAAAGAAUAGUUUAGAAAAACCACAAGAAAUUAAUGACACUUAUCAUAGUUUUAUAUUUAAUCAACUUUUUUCUGAUACCAAUUCUAUAUAUAAAAUGCCCAAUCAAUAUCGAAGUGUUUUUGAUGGUAAACCACCUUUAAAAUUAAGUUUGGUUCAAGGAAAUGAAGAAAUGUUUCAUGUAGAUUCAUUAAUUCAAACAGAAAAUAGAAAACCUGGUACAAGAAAAAGAAAAAGUAAAUACCUUUUUGAAUAUUAUAAUCCUAGAUUAUCUGAAAUUGAUUUAUUAUAUUCGUCUAAUCUUACAAAUGCUAAAUCUCAAUCUUUAGAAGCUGAUCUUAAAGUUAAAAAACCUUCUCUUAUUGAAAUUACUGGAUUUAAAACAAAUUUAUCAAUAGAUAAUUUAUAUUGUAGAAUGUCAUUUUAUGAUAAAGACUAUAUUAAACUAACUUCUAAUUUCUACUUUGUUAUAACAGCAGAAAAAUUAAAAGAUCAUAUGGAAAAUAAUAAAACACUUGAAAUUCCUAUUGCAUCUGCUGUAUUAAAGAAAGAAUAUAUUGCUAAUUUAUGUCAAGUAUUUGUUGUAUUAGAAGUAUAUAAGCAAAUGGAUUCUGAUAUUAAUCUUGCACGUGAAAUUUAUUGUGAUGAUAAUAAAAGAGAAGUAAAAGUAAUAAAGAAGUAUAAUGACCAUUAUAAAGAAUCAAUAAAAGUAUUUGAACAAAAAGGUUAUUUACAACUCUUAAUGUUUAGUGCUAAAUUAAUUAAUUUUCAAGCUUCAUAUUCAAAUAUUAAAUUAGUUAAACCAAACGGAGAUCCGAAAGAUGUUGGUUCAAUGAUUAGAGACAUUGAAAAGAUGAAAACAUGUGGAGAAUGGAGUUUUAAAUAUAGAGGGACACGACCAGAAAUCGUUCAUAUUGAUGGCCCUUAUAGAAUGUUUUCUCCUGAAAAAAAUGAAACAUCAACAUUAAAUAUUUUAAUGCUUACUGAUAUUAGCCCACCUGAAACUGAUGAAAUUUAUAUAGAUUAUCAAAAUUUAUUAUUUGUUUAUCCGUCUGAAGUAUCUUUAGGAAAAGAGAAGAAAAAGAGUGGAAUAAUUUUAAAUGUUUAUCUUAGAGAUUCUGAUUCUUUAUUUGAUGAGUCUAAACCAGACGCAUUAAAAAUGAUAUUUCCUUGUCAAGAAGGAGUAAUAGAAAAUUUAGAAACAUGUUUUACAUCUUCUGUAUCUAUUGAUAAAGUUGGACAUUUUAUUGAUGAAGUAAAGAUUCAGUUACCUUUUCCUCUUAACGAAAAACAUCAUUUACUCUUUGUAAUUAAAGACAUUAAUGUUGAUGAUGGAACUGAAGGAAAACACUUUUUUGCAAAACUUCCAUUAUAUCAAAAAGGUACAAUUGUUCAAGGAGGAGAACAUACUAUUCAAGUUUUAAAAGAUAUGGUACCAAAUUAUCUUCAACAAGGUGAGUGUUAUGACACGGCUAAAGUGUAUGUUAGGGCUAAUAUUCAAUUAGUUUCUUCUGUAUAUCCACAAGAUCCAGUUAUAGCACAAUUUAUUUCAGGGAAAGCAACUAUUAAUGAUAUAAGAGAUAUUGAUUAUCAUUACGACCUUGUUCAUUUCCUUCCAUGUAUUCUUCAAAGAUGUAUAGAUGUAUUAAAUGACAGAAAAAGAGAAGAGAUUUAUGAAAUGUUUCGUGUAUUUAGAAUUAUUGAUUUAACAAAAGAAAAUAAGACUGAUGAUGAUGAUACAGAAGAUAAAUAUCUUGUUUACAAAAAUCCAUUAAUUCUUAAUGCUAUUAAUCAUUUUGUACCAACAAAAACAAGUGGGGGUCAUUAUCUUUGUACAAUUAUAUUAUCAACUUUACCUAUUAUUUUUGAUAAAGCAGAAACUAUUGCAAAAGAAAGACUAAAAUAUGUGUGGAUUAUUUUUGCAUUAAUUAUUAAAUCAAUGGUUGGGUAUUAUGAAGAUAAGAAAGUUUUUGAUCUUACUAAUUUCCAUGAUUUCUGUAUGACUGAAAAUGGUAAAAUGAUUGGAGGAUCCUUAUAUGAACGAUCAGUCUUGUUUUCUGAUUUUCUUGUUUACUGUUCAGAUAAUAAAAUUGUUGAUGGACUAACUAUUCGAGAUGCCAAUUUAUUCUUUGGUGAAUUUAUUAGAGAUUUGUCUUUAUUAUGGAGACAUGAUGAAAUGGCCAAACUUAUUGAUAGCCAUUUGGACAACCUUUCAAUGAUGAAAGAGAAUAGCAUAUCUUCUAUAAAUAAUUUUCAACAAUUACUUCGUCUUGAAUUUAUUUCAGUAUUAGCUGAGAGUGAUCAUCUAUAUCAAAUUAAUGGACCACAACUACUUGAAAUUAAAGAAAUUAAUAAAUUAAAUGAUCAACUACAACAACGACAUACUUUGAUGUUUAUUAUUCUAAGACAAUAUUUCCAAUUAAUAUUAAGUCCUGAUAAAACAGUUAGUACAAUGGCAUUACAAGAAUUAAUUAUUAUUAUGAAUAAAUAUGAUCUUGAUAAACAAUUUUCAACUCAAACAGAACGUGAUAAAUUCUUUAAUAUGAUUUUUCCAUUUGUAUUAUUUAUUCUUGAUGAUUCAGAAAAGAUUAAUGAAUGGAAAGCAAAAGACUGUUUAGCAGAUUUAUAUGACAUUGAAUCACUCUAUGUUAUCUUCUUCUUUAUUCUUAAAAAUUUAAAAGAAACAACUAUUCAACAGUGGUUAGUUUCUGAUUUCCUUCCAAGUCUUCUUAAUUCAUUACUAACUCAUAUCAGAAAAGCGUUAUUAUUAUUUAGUAGAUAUCCAUAUGAUUUUAUUCCAAACUCUACUGCAAUAUAUUCUAAAGAAUUAAUUCAGUUAAUUAAAGAUAUAGAAAAUAAGGAUACACUAAGUUCUUCUCGUUCUCCUUCUCCUUCAUUAAUGAGAAGUUCAAGUACUAUUCAUUCUAAAAUAUCCGCUUUAGGAUCAUCUACACAUCGUUUAUCUUCAAGACUAAAAAGAACAUUAGAUUCUUAUGAACAAGAAAAAGAUGUACCACCAACACCAAGAAAAGGAGAUCAUUCACAAACAGGAUCAGAUACUCCCAAAAAAGGUACAACAGUAUAUUCUGAACGUUUAUCAGGACUAGGGAGAUUAAAAUCUUCAAAUCUUAAUACAAAUAAGAUAGUUAAUUGUGAUAAUACAGUUGAUAACUUGGUUAUUGAUAUUGCUUUAAUUUCAAUGGACUUUUUAGAAACAACUAUUGGAGUAUUGGUUAAUGCAGAAAAUACACAAGCACUUGAAAGAGCACAAGAAAUUAUCUCAUCAGUAUUAUUUGAAGUUAAACCAACAGAAAAUUAUUUACCUAGUUUAUACGAAUUUAUAAGAAGUAUGAUUACUACAUAUAGAGACUUUAUUUUUAAAAGACCAAACAACUUAGCAUUAAAUUUAUUAAAGAAUUUAUUACAACUCUCUAAUUCUGAUAAUCAAAUCCAAAAGAAUUUUUCUAACAACUUAAUUUUUAUCUUUGCUAAAACAAAUUUCAUUGUUACAGGAAAUACAGUCGCUACAAUAGUUAAUGCCACAAGUGCUUUAUCAGAACUUCAACUUAAUGAUGUUCAUAAUAUUGAAAAAUCAAUUCAAGGAUUAUUUGAUUUGGCCAAAAAAUACCAUGAUAACUUUGAUACAAAAUUACAAAAAUGCAUUGAAAUAUCUCUUAAUGAAGGGGUUAGAAGAAACAAAUCAUUACAAAGAGUACAACAAUUAUAUAAAGCUGUAGAUGCAGGAGAUCUUGAUGUUUUUAUUACAUUUGUAUACGAUUAUAUUAAUAUUUUAAAUAGAUUAUUUGAUUUUAUCCUAAACGCAGAACCAACAGUAAUAAAUGGAUAUAUUGAAAUGAAGAGAGAGUUAGUGACUAUGCUUAGAAAGAAUGAAAGUGUUAAUAUGGUUAAAGAAUGGAUUAAUUUUAUUAGGGAGAAAAUUGAAACAACAAAUGAAACUCUUGUAAGCUUUUUAAUUGAAAAGAAACAAAUUAUUGAAAAUGAUUAUGAAAUGUGUAUUCAUAAAAUUAAUCAGUUAGAAGGUCAUUGCGACCUUGACAAAAGAGAUAUGGAAGGUUUAGAAGAAAAAUGUAAAAUUAAUAAAAAAAUUGGAGAACAAUUAUUAGACUGGGCAAAGAAAUCACUCUCUAUUGAUAGCUGUGACUUAGAAUCUUUUAAUGACUUACAACUAAUUAGAAAGAUUGAAGACCUAGAAAAAGAACAAAUAAAAAGAACAAAUGAAGUUAAAAAUUUACUCGACGAAUAUACUUCUUUUGACGAAACUUUAACUGCAUUUAAAUUAACUUCUAAUCCAUUAUUCCCUGUUACUAGUCAAGAAAUGACUGAUGGAGUUAGAAAGGUUCUUCAAUUACAUCAAUCACGAAUUAAAGCUGUUAAUAGUCAUUUACAAACAAGAACAUCGUAUGACUCAGAAAAAGAAAGAUAUAUUAAUAAAAUUCAAGCAUUUGAAGGUAUUAUUUAUAAAAGAUUUACAGACAUAUGUACUGAAGUAUAUGGGAUGCCAAUUGAUGCUAAUUUUUUAAAAGAAUCAAUUGAUAAAUUUAAAGCAUUAAAUCAUUUGUAUAAUAACAAUGUUAAUAAAUUAGAAGAUAAAAAAGAAAAAAUGGGUGGACUAAAACCAUCAUGGGAAAUUGCUUAUUGUAGUUGGGAAGAAAGUAUUAAUUAUGCUAUAUCAGUUGUGGAAUGGUUAGCACAAUUAGUUGAGAAUGUUAAAAAUAAUGAAGAAAAUAUUUUACAAAUGAAGAAAUGGUAUGACAACGAACGUGUAUUUAUUACAACUGUAGUAUCAACAUAUUUAUGGGAUGGGUUAUAUGUAUCACUUGCAAAGGUGACAAUGAGAGAAUCAAAUGAUUAUUUGAAGAUACUUGCUAAAGUUUCACAAUAUUUAUUGGAUCAUGUAGAAGAAGCAGAAAAACAAUAUGAAGAUGCAGGAUCAUUAUUACAAGAAUUAAGAAAAAGAAAGAAAUUACCUCUAGGAUUUAAAUUUCUUCAAGUAAUCCAAGAAAAAGACUUUGAAAAAAUUCAAAUGAUUUUUGAAUUGUAUGAUGCUAAGUGGAAGGAAGAAGAAAAAGUAGAAAAAAUUAGAAAAGAUUAUGCUGCAUUAUUUGAAGAAUUCUUUAAUGAAACUGAUAAAAUUAUUGACACAGAACCAUCAAAAGUUCCUGCCAUAGUUAUUCAAAUAGUACAAAAUUUAAGAGAUAAAUUAUUGAUUUACGAUGAACAGAAAAUAGAGAAAUUAAAUAGGUACUGUGACUUAAAAAGAAGUGAACAAACAGUUUGGGGAAGAUGCUCUGCUUUAGGUAUUCCUGAAAAAGAAAUAAAACAAGACAAAGAAACUAAUGUUUAUCAAAUCCCAAAAAGUCCUCGAACAUCUGCUUAUACCUAUACUCAAAGAAACACAUCGUCCAACUCAAAUCUUGGUGCUCAAGGGUUACCAAGGGCAACAAGAAGAGGAGAUGAAAAUCGUGAUAUUAUAGGUUUCUUUAUGAAUGGAGAUGAAAAAGUUAAAGUUGAUUCAUUUCAUGAUUUUUCUUAUGGUCAAAGAGAUGCAUUUGAUGACGAUUUGAAAAUUGUACAAGACGAUAUUAUUAAAAUAUUAAAGAACUUAAAUAAUUUAAAUGCAUUAUUAAAUGAUUCAAGAGACCCUCAAUUUGUUCUUGAAAGGUAUUACCAAUUUGCUAUGGACUACGUUUCUGCACCUCAAUUGCAUAUGACUUGGAUUGCUAAAUUAGCACAACAACAUAGACUAAAAGAACAAUAUAUUGAGGCUGGGUUAUGUGAGGUUCAUUUAGUAUUAUUUAUUCACCACUUAUUACCAGAAGAAUUGGUAUCAAUCAAUGUAGAUGUUUUGAACACAACAUUUGGCAAAUUUGUUCCGAAUACUUCCGUCCCUCCUAAUCCACAAUUUACUGCUCAUCUUACAGAAGACAUGAUUCUUCAACAUAUUACUGCUGCUUGCCAUGAUUUUGAACAUGGAAAAAUUCCGUGGUAUGGAUUAAUGGUAGCAUCAGUUGUUAUCCCUUAUUAUAUUAAAAAGAAUAAAUACAAAGAACUAGGUUAUAUCCAUGACUUUGUUAAUAGGAUGUAUGCUAUGAUGGUUGAUAAAAAUUGUGAUGGAACCGUUAAAGACUUUGUUCAAUUUUAUUAUGUUAGGCUAUUUGGAACUGUCUUUGGUGAUUACUUAAAUGCUAAAUCGUUUAUAUAUGCUUCAACCAAGGAAAGAAUGUCAUACUUAUUAAAAGAAACAAAUGACAUUCUUCCUCCAACGUAUAAAGGAGAAAAACAUUUCUUACGUUCAUUAGAUCAAAUCACUGAAAAAGUUAUUAAGUCUGAAAAUGAAUGCAAUAUACUUUGGACUCAAGUUCAACCAGUUUAUGAUAAAGGUAAUUUUAUUCAAUAUAGCUCAACAUUUAAUUGUGACGAAUUAUGUCUGUCUAAAGAAGCAAGUGAAAUAGAAGGCAUUUCGCUUCAAAAUGCACCAAUAUUAAGUAUAUGCAAAAAGAGAACAGUGAUAAGGACUCGUUUUGUAUUACCAAGUCUUUUGACAAGACAAGUUGUUGAAAGUGAGGAAGUUAUUUAUUUAACUUCUAUUGAAAUUAUUAUUGAAGAGAUAGAAAAAAGGAAGAAGAACAUUGAUUACUUCCUUUCAGAAAGUAAGAAAUUCUUCCAAGAUGUUGAUUUUGGUAUUGUUUCUUCAUUACAAAAGAGUGUUGGUGAUUUUUUCUUUGGUUCUACUGAUGUUCAAGUAGGAAAAUCAAAUCUUUUUAAUACAAUCAAAAUUAUUGAUGUGUUAAAUAAAUUUUUCUCUGACUUAAACCAAUUUGAAUUUAACUUAUACUUACAACUUUAUGACAUUGUCAAAGAAUGUACAAACUGUUGUGCUGAGGCGUUAGCAAUUGUUAAGGAAAAUACAAAAAUUAGAAAAAGUAGUGCA